AUGAGGCAGAAUAAGGAUCCACUUCCAACAUCAACAAAGUUUUGUUUUUUAUUUGAUUUAAAACCAUCAGUAGGAUACUACAUAAACGUCGAAUACAUUGUUUGGAUUCUUCUGAUGUUAUCUUCAAUUAACUUGGAAAUUGAGUGCAUUGAAAAAAAGGAUUUACUGGAGUUUGAAAAUGUUUUAAGACAAGAUUUAUAUUAUACAAUAAUUUUUGGUAAAGCUGAGCCAAUUCCACAUGAAAAUGCGAGAUCUUCAGUAAUUUUUCUUAACACCGUGCUUGUCGUUGUAUUCCUUUUAUAUUUCUUAUUUACGCCGUUUCUGCUGGUCGGAAUAUUACGGUCAAGCCCAAAUAUGUUUAUUCCAUACUUGAUAUACGACAUCAUAAUGAUCAAUUUAUCGGGAUGUUUCUUCAUUAUUGCACUAAUUGUAUGGAAUCUUCGAAUGUUCUGGAUAUGCUUCAUAUUCUUCAUUCUGAAACUUAAUUCAUCUAUUGGUGUUUUCUCUUUAUAUAAAGAAUGUGGAGGCAUUGUUAAUGACGAAUCAGAUGUAUCAUUCACAAGCGGUCUAAGUACUGCAACUACGAUGGAAAGUAUUUGCGAAGUUGUCAACGUAUAA